GGCUAACCUUGGAGCGUUCGACCUAUUCCCGAGUGCGUCGGUUUGCCGUCCUGUCAAGAAGUGACAAAACAGUUCCCCUACAUUGUUAUGUCGCUUGAGAAUGAUAAUGUUCACGUUGUAAAAAAUGAUGCUCCUCUGGAUCCAUCAUCUGAUCAGUCCGUAUCUGGUCGAAGUCGAAGUCACAGCACUGGUAGCGUUUCAAGGCCAUUUGGCGUAGUCUGUGACCAAGAGUCAAAUCCUACUCACUAUCGUGUCGCAGCCAAACCAUGCCUAGUCCUCAGGUCAUCCAGUUCUACUGGCCCUAUACCUACAUCUACCAGUAAUUUAAAAUCCAUCGAUCCUGGAUCAUUUCAACGAACACUCUGUGAGGUUUCUUCAUAUUAUGAACCCAAUGUUGCAUGUACCAGUGACGCAAUUACAAGUGGUGUCAAUAAAAAUAUCUCUUUUAAAUCAAAGCCAAGUAGCUUCUCUUCUCCACCAUCUAUUGCUCAGGCAUCCUCUUCAACAUCAUUGGGAGCAAGGCGUAGGCACUCACAUAUAGAAUUCUUGGAUAAGCAUGGAAGUCAGUCUCGCAGCCCACCUCCUUCGGUUGAUGCUAUCAAAGCUAUAAACAAUAAUAUAAAUAAUCUAAUGAAUACAUGUAAUGGUAAUAAUGAUGUCAACGGUUUGUCAAACACUGACGAUAUUAUAAGUCCAUCCAAUUCUCCUGCACCGCCUUUAGCCCAAGCUGUUGUCGCUGCGCUAAGACAGCAUCAUCAUAGUUUGUUAAGAUCAACAACAAAUACAUCGACAGCUUCUUCAUCGCAUUUCUCACCUAGUUAUUUAUCUGAUGACAAUCCUGAUGAUGUUGAUGAUGAUGGGGUAAUGGAUGGAGAAAUGGAGACAGAUCAAGUUGAUAACGAUAAUAAUAUCGAUGAAGAAUAUGGUGAUAAAAAUUUUCAUGUUCACGAUCAAGAUUGUACAAUUAAUUUAUUGUCUGAUGAAUGUCAUCACCAACAAUUGAUUGAAUUAGAUGGUGAAAGUGGAUAUGGUGCAUCAUGUUCAUCGUCAUCAGUUAAACUUAAUCAUAGUUCUGAGAAUAAACGUGAUAAAAAACGUCGACGUAAUCAAUUUCAAUAUAGAACAACUAGUAUUGAAACUGAUACAACAGAUCAUUUGUCAAUUAGUAAUCAACCAAAUGAUAAAUUAUGUGAAGUAAAAAAUUCAAUAAAUGUAUCACCACAUCCUUCUGGAGUUAUUUCAGAUUGGACUAAAACUAAAUCAGAUAUUCGAAAUGAUAGUACACGUCAUAAACGAAAUCGUGUCCGAAUUCUAGACAAUUCUAUUGCUGUUUCAACAACAACGCAAAACUUACAGAGACAAGUUGCAGUUAAUCGUCCAUUCACAUCUGUUUUAUCGCAUUAUAAUAUGAAUGAUUAUGAGAUAUUAAGUCAUUCAUUUAGUCCAAUUCCUUUGGAUUUAUCACAGUCACAUAGUAAUCGAAGCUCAUUCUGUAGUAAUAGUAAUGAUAAUCGUUAUUAUUAUUGUUGUACACAACAUACUACUCAUGGUGGUACUGAUUUUAAAUGUAUGUAUUCACUAAUGGAUAUCCCUAAUGAUUUAAUUGGUGUAAAUUGGAUUUCAUUUGAUCCUAGUGUAAAAGAAAUAAAUGAACAAAUUGGUUUACCCAAUACAGGUCAAACAAACUACUCAGUAAAUUGUAAUUUAACAACAAUUGGAUCACCAUUACCAUCAUUAUCUUCAUCAGAAACGGUACCAUUGACUAUACCAGUUAAUAUACAGUCUACAAAUUAUCAAUCAUCUGUUAAGGAUUAUCCAAGCAUUGAAAUUGCAGAAACAACUCCAAUUGAUAUCAUGAAUAAUGAUGAUGAAAAUAAUAACAAUAAUAAUAGUUUUAUAAGUGAUCAAAAUAUACAAUCUGUUGUUUCAGAUAAUCCUAUCACUACUGUGACAACAACGAAUUCAGUGAGACAUACAAUGUGUUUAGUAAAUAACUCUUUAACAAAUAUAUCAUGUACUCGAUCGAACUCAUUCAUCCCUACUACAUCUAACAUUCCGUGUACAUUCACAUAUCGUAAUCAUGAUCAUAAUAGUCAUAAUAAUAAUAAUCAUAACUGGGCUACAACAUAUCUACCGUCACAAUUAGAACGAAUACACUUAAGUAGACGAUCAUCGACUAUUUGUACGUCUCAGCCGCUAGCAUCGGCAAUAACAACAACAGCAAAUAAUAUCUGUCACCAUAGAUGUUCUUCACUAUCAGGUCACUUGUGUAGUCAUGCUAUUGGUGGUAGCAGUGGAAACUACUAUUUUUGUCCAAACAACAGUUAUAAUAAUCACCAUUUAACAAAUUACCCCUUACUUCAUAAACAUAGUUACCAGCAUCACCAUCAUCCAAAUAAAAUAACUUCACUAGUUAAUUGUGAUUCUCCACCUGAGUCUUGUUCUAGUUCUGCUAAAGUAAAUUAUCAUUCAGAUUAUGGGUCAUUUCAUGGACAUAAUGGUGUUAUGAAUCCUGCAAGUGUUAGUAGGGAAUUUUACGACGAUUCUGGUCUAGAUUUUACGUUAUCAUCACCACAUACUAAAUUAUUUUGUCCUCGCAAUGGUAGUGAUGGUCGCCAUACACUUAAUAGUUGCAUAAACCAAACACAAUUUCAAUCUACAAACAUAGAACAGAGACGCUAUUCCCUAUCAACGCUACCAUUUUGUGAAGUGAAUUUAGCAUCUCCAGUUAACACCUCAAGACAAUCAUCUAAUAGUAGACGUCGGCGUGUUAGUCUAUUAGUCGAUGGUGUUCGAUUCCUCAUUGAUGCUGAACUUCUUCAAGCUCAUCCUAAUACAAUGCUUGGACGAAUGUUUAGUUCACAAUUUCUAGAGACUAAAUAUUUGUAUGAUAAUCUUAACAAUACUAAUUAUCCUCAGUCUACGUCAAUGGAAAGCAGUUCACCAAGUGAUAGUAAAUCACAAACUACCACACAUUCAUCAUCAUCAUCAACAACGACAAUCCACCAUAAUUUUCAAACACAUCCACCAGAUAUCUCAAUUGCUCAAGAUUCAACUAUCUCAGCUCAGGUAUUUCGUACAAUUCUUGAUUAUUAUCUUACUGGUUGUAUGUCUUGUCCACCCGGUGUUUCAGUACAAGAACUUAAAGAAGCAUGUGAUUACUUUCUUAUUCCAUUCAAUCAACAAACUGUAAGAUGUGAAAAUCUACGAGCGUUUUUACAUGAAUUAUCAAAUGAUGGUGCACAUGGUAUAUUUGGACAAUUUCUUGAAACACAUAUUCUUUCAUUACUUGUCAAGUGUACUCAAUUAGGUGAACGUGAAUGUCAUAUUGUCAUUGUAACAGAUGAUGAAACUAUUGAUUGGGAUCCAGACUAUCCUCCACAAAUGCCAGAUAAUGAGUUAAAUUCACAUAUAAUUUACAGUACACAAAUGUUUCGAUUUUUAAAAUAUAUUGAAAAUCGUGAAGUAGCCAAACAAGUGUUACUUGAACGUAGCCUUAAAAAAAUACGUAUUGGCAUUGAAGGUUAUCCAACUUGUAAAGAUCGGGUAAAAUUUCGUCCAGGUGCUCGACCGGAAGCAAUUUACAACUAUGUUCAAUGUCCAUUUAUUCGUAUGUCUUGGGAAGAAGAAGAAAAUAAAUCACGCCAUGUAGAUUUUCAAUGUGUAAAGAGUAAAUCAGUUAGUGAUUUAACAACAGGCUUAGAACAAGCUGUCAUCGACCCACUUCCUCCACACUUAGUUCAUUCAAAUUUAAACAAUCAGUUAAGAACAUCAGCGCCAGACUCUGUAGUUACUGUUGUAUCUUCUAACUUCGAAACUCAAACUAGUAGUAUUGUUAGUACUACUAUUACUAAUACUAGUACACUAAACCAUAGUGUAAAUUCUGUGACUUCAAACGAACUUACCGAAUGUACCAGUGAUACUCCAGCAAAUACAUGUGCUACGAUUAAUAAUAAUAAUAAUGGAAGUACAAUCUACCUGAAUCGUAUAUCACGACUAUCUAAUCUCUCUGUUUUAACUUCAGAAUUAGGAUCAAAUUCAGAUGAACCAGAUUCUGCUACUCCAUUAUACAAUGCCUCUGAAUCACAAUAUGAUCCUGUCUCUCCUACGUCUUCUUCAUCUUAACGCCUAGUGUUAUAAUCUAUCACUCUAAUGUUAUAUUUCACUUCAAACAACACUGCUCUAACAAUAUUAUUUACUAAUUAUUUAUUUAUGGUGCUGUCUUGUUUGUUUUCUUUGUAAAAAUAGAACACAUACAAUCAAUGCUUUAUAACUAUAGGAAAGGGGAAUAACUGAUGUUAUUAUCAGGGAUAAUAAUUCAAUGUAUCCUCUCAUUGUUCCUCAACUUACAAGCAAUUAUUCAUCAGUAAACUCUUACAGUACACAGAUAUGCACAUGCAUUAUAUACAUAUAUGUAUACUACUUACACAAAUGAGUAAAUAGGCAAUACGAAUUAUUUAUCGUAAUUGGCUGUGACCAUAAAACUAAUUUAUAUCUUGCUUUCUCUUUGUCUACGCAUAAAUGCAUACAUACAUACUCAACAUGAUUAUACCACUCACUUUUGACUUAACUAAAUUAUUCAAUUGUAUUCGUUCAUCCUACGAUUAGGGCUACUACUAUUAUCACUAUUGAUCGCAAUUAAUGUACAGCUGAAAACAAAGGGGAACUUUAAUAAAAAGCACAAUUAUUUUUGCAUUAUCGGUUAUCUAUUGAAAUGAAAACGUUAUAUACUGUAUGUAAUAUGCUAUCAUUUAUCAAUAUAGGUGACUAUAAAUUAUCAACUAUUCUUAUUCAGAUUAAUUUUUACUAUAUUACACUCACAUAAAAUACCCAGUUGUUACUAGGAUUCAUUAAUAAUGUUGUGUUCAUUUUGUUUAUUCCUCUGCUUUUUGUUUGUUUUGUAUUUUCUACAUUUCUAAUAGUAAAGAUUCAACAAUACUCCUUGUCUCGGUCCUCUACUACCUCUUUCUUUUUUUCGGAAAUACACAGACUGUUUAAUCUAUUAUUAUUAUUAUUAUUAUUAUUAUUAUUAUUAUUACUGAGUAGUUUCUAACACUAAUUCCCAUGUUUGUAAUAUAUAUAUAUAUGCGUGAUGUUUACUCACUGUCCGCCCGUGUCUGUCCAGUUUUAUCUUCUACGUCUACAAUAUCUUUUUGAUUCGUCAACGUAAGUGAAUACGUUAAAAUGUUUGUCUAGUUAGCUUUGAUUGUUUAUUUAUCUCAUUUGUAACAUUGAUGAUGAUUUAAGAUGUUAACGAAUAUGUUUAAAUUGGAAAAAAGGGCAGAUUAUAAAAAGUGUAAUAUCAAAUUGUACACUGACUCAUUAAUAUAUUGUUUUGUUCUCUUUUGAAUAAAAAAAUUCUCAAUUUCUGUUAAGUGUACGUUUCCAAAGUGGUUGUUUCAUUGUUUUCUGUUCCGUUUGUAUCGUUAGGUCAUUAGUAGCCAAUGUAGUUGACGUCAAUUUCUUGCUUUGUUAGUUUUCCAAAUAGAAUAUAUACACCCCCGUAGUUCAU